GCUGAGAAACCUGGAAAUUCGGACAAACAAAAGGUCAAGUUUACAGUAAAUGUAUGGGAGAUUCGCGGUACCGUGUCAGUUGUUCUCGAUUUUAGACGUCUUCUUGCUUGUUAUGGUCGGAACAAAACACUGCUGUUGGGGCCAAUGUAAUAACGAUUCUAGGUACCCAGAUAGAUUACCGAAUUCUCUAAAGGAAUUGAAGAAAUCAGGCAAAAAAGCCUUCAUUCCGUUCAUCAAACCAAAGCGUGACCUCGAGAGAUGUAAGCGUUGGGUAGACGCGUGUUAUCGAAAAGAUUUUUCUGUCUCAGAUAUUACAAAAGACACUUAUAUUUGUGCUGUACACUGGCCUGGAGGGAAAGGACCAACUGAAGAGUAUCCAGACCCUAUUAAAGCUAAASAAGAAACGAAGAAACGUGGUGUGAAGAGGAAGGCGCCAAAACAAAGAGAGCUACCACAUAUAAACUUAGACUUAAAGCGCACAAAAAAUACCGAUCAAGACAGCUUUUCGUCUUCUUUAAAUGACUUUGACGAUGUAAACGAAGACUUCAAUAAUGAACAACAAGUGGCAGAGUUAAUUUGUGAUACAAACAAGGCGACUCAAACCGAAAUUCCGAAGGAAGAGUUGGCAAAGUUGUUAGGUGACAGAAUAGACAGAAUCGUCGCAGAGAACACAUCCGUAUGCCCCGAAAGUAACGAAACAGUUAAAAUUGUGAGUAACCUUUCGUAUGACGUGGUUGUACUGAGUCCAAAGUUAAUGAAACAUUAUGUGGGACUAACAUCUUCACAGUUUGAAAUCCUUUUCACGUUCUUGAAUGGCGUUUGCCCUCUAGAGAAGAUAACAUACUGGGGUUUUCGCAAAAACAACAACCAUGCGACCAAGAAAAAAGCUUCAGGGCGACUUUCUAAAUUUUCAUUACGAGAAAAACUUUMUAUCUGUCUCCUGAGACUGAAAACUGGGUUCACCAUUAAAACCAUUGCACACUUGUUGAGUAGUCCAGACAGGGAAAUCAAAGACACCACUGUCAGGACAAUAUUCACAACAUUCAUCCAGCUUAUUUUCAAGAUUGUUCGAGAAAUGAAACAUAUUGUCUUUCCCGGACGAGAAGAGCUACGUCGUUUUUUGCCAAAGAUCUUCAAGACUAUAAAGAAUGUCCGGUGCAGUAUUGAUUGUACAGAGUUUCGGGUCCAAACUUCAAGAAACUUUGCCCAACAGGGCAAUACUUUCAGCUCUUACAAACAUACAAACACMUUCAAAUGUCUGAUUGCUUGCACCCCUAAUGGUGGGGCUUGUUUUGUAUCUGAUUUAUUUGAGGGGGACAUCUCUGAUGUUCAGAUUUUUGAAGAUAGUGGUAUAAUGAAGCACUUGGAGCCACAAGAUAUAAUUUUAGUUGACAGAGGAUUUACUGUUGAUGACCUGGUAAAUCCUAUACAGGUGAAGACAAAGAUGCCAGCCUUCCUGAAGGGUCGAAAGUCUUUAACUGCAAACGAGGAGUUGGAAACAAGGAAGAUUGCUAAGGCGCGGAUCCACAUUGAGCGCUUCAACCAAAGAUUGAAGGAGUUUAAACUGGUGGGAAGAAGAAUUCCGCUCAGCAUUGCUCCACUUGCUACCCAAAUGGUGGUUGUUGCAUGUGCACUUGUAAAUUUUCAAGAAGUACUUUGUAAAUGAGAUAUGAAACAAUACAUUCUGGUACGACUGGUACAGCUAUAGUGUUAGACCAUAUUGAUUGAUUGAUUGUUUUUUUUUAUAAAUAUAUUUUGCAGUGUAUACAUACGGUU